AUGUCCCCGAAAAAAGCUGUUCAUGUCUUCGAGAGAAUCUCGGAAUCGGACUCGCCAAGCUUUGGAGAGCACUGGACUCUUGACAGAAUCGCCCAAUUCUUUGCGCCGCCCAGGGAAAGCAUUCGCCAAGUGGGGAAAUGGCUCAGCAGCUCUGGCGUGCGGCUGCCGGCUCUGCGUCUCUCCAGGGAUGGCACCUUGUCGUUCAACAUCAGCGUCGGCAAAGUAGAGUUCCACCUGUGCCACCCGAUCAACAGCGGCACGCCCCAGACGGCAUCUGAGCGGUACUCGCUGCCAUCACGAGUGGUCAAUAUCAUGCUGGCCGCCUUCAACAAGCACUACUGCCGCGCCGGUCUGGACCCGCAGUUGGACCCCGUCUACCGCGACCAGCUCCCGGGCGGUUACAACGCGAGCGACUGCGGCACGUACACACUGCCGCGUGUCAUCGCCAUCAUAUACGCGUGGAACGAGGCCUGGUACCCGGACGCGUACGCCCGCCGGCUACUGAUGUACUGCAUCGAUCGCGAUAACCCUAAGAACAACACUGCUAGCGAGGGUCACUUCGCCUUGGUAUUUCCCGCCGCGUGCCCGUGGGUGACCUCGGUCGGUGACACGCAGUUCCUGCCGGUCGCCGCCGCCAACUGUUGCAGUAGCAGCACUCUUUCGCCUUUCCCGGGCGAGACGGCGCUCAACAACAACAGCACUGUCUCCUUCUCCGGCGGCGGCUUCAGCCGCGUCCUCCCGGCGCCCUGGGGGUACCUGGACAUCUCGGCCAUGGGGAAGGGCUUCCUCGUCAGUCUGCACGGCGGGUACCGCGCUGUGUCGGGUACGUCGGCGUCGACGCUCGUCGUCGCGGCUAUGAUUGCCAAGAUCAACGAUGCGAGGCUAUAUGCAAGUAAGAGCACCGUGGGACUCACCCACCCAGUGCUGUAUGCUGCGCGUAACAGGGGAAUGCUGAGAGAUACGUACAACGGCAAAAGCCACGGGUGCGGAGUCAGGGAGGCGUUUCCGGCCAGGCAGGCGUGGGAUGCUGCAACGUUGGGAACGCUGGACUUUGAGAAGCUGAAGGAGUUGUAUCUCCGUUUGCCGUAA